UUCAUGCGUUUCACCCUGCUUGUGUGUCGGGGAGCGUAAUCUUUUUCUUCCGAAUACGUUUCUCUCCCGUGAAAUAUACCCAUGACACAGUGGGUUUAAUAUCCGGAGGUGAUCCCGGAUUCCCCAGCCGUCCGAAUCCAAUAUUUGGGUCCUCUCCUCUCUCUCCCCCGCCGGCGGGCAGGCAGCAGGUUGCCAUGGAAAACUCGUCGGUGGCGUCCGCGUCCUCAGAGGCUGGCAGCACGCGCUCACAGGAGAUUGAGGAGCUGGAGCGCUUCAUCGACAGCUACGUGCUGGAGUACCAGGUGCAAGGCCUUCUGGGAGACAAAAACGAGACGUACCUGGACGGAGACGACAAGCCCCAGUCCCACAUUUCACAGUGGACAGAGGACUGCAAUGACAAGAAAGACGGGAGUUGGUCACCCUCGUGGGGGAGGGGCUCCACCAAACCAGAUGAGUGGGAUCACAGUAGUAAUGGCAGUACAGGGUCCAGGCCCAGCUCUGGCUCUAGACCUGGUUCAGGCUCCAGGUCUGGUAGCAGAGGGAGGAACAACCAAUUCGGAGGGCCAGCCAAGGUACAGAACGGGAACAGAGAAGGGUCCUUUGACAUCCUGGGUACCGACAUCUGGGCUGCUAACACCAUGGACUCUCAUGGGGGGGCAACGUGGGACCUCCAGCCUGAGAAGCUGGACUUCAGCCAGUUCCACAGGAAACCCUUCCGGGGAACACCAAAGCACCUUCCACACAUCGACAGAGAGGGAUCUGAAAGCCCAUUCAUCCCUCCCAUUGAUCCUCUUCCAUGGGAUAAACAUGACAAUGAUGAUGCUGGUCCAUUCCAUUACUACUUAGAACUGAUGAUGAAAGGCAAGUUUGAGUGUGACGAUGGGAUCAACUUGAACGAGCUGGAGCAGUUCCUGCCAGGCCUCACUGGUUUCCCGCCCCUGCCUAAUGAAGCUGAGAUCGCACAAACCAAAAAGCUUUUCCGUCGCAGGAGGAACGACCGACGGAGACAGCAGCAGAGACCACCGGGUGGAGGAGGAGGAGACAGGAAGACCCAGCAGCAGCAGUCGCCACAACAACAACAACAACAAACAGUCAAUCAACACCCUCGUGACCAGCAGCAGCACAGAGGACAGUGUGGGGGUAGCCAUGGGCAGCAGUUCCAGGGCCACGGCGGGCAGCGCCAGGGGCCCCCCCACCAUGGUUACAGCCAGAACCGCCGCUGGCACCACAACCAACAGGGGCAGGGAGGAGAACAGGGACCGCAGGGUGUCCCGGCAGUGGACAGAGACAGGGGGGCAACCCCAACGGGAGACAGAGACAAGGGGGCACCACCCAGAAAAAACGAAGAGACUGAUGAUGUAAAAGCAGAGGAGGCCAGCGCUAGGCUGGAGCCAGAGAGCUCAAGGGGUCCCAAUGACGGGCCUCCCAGCCAGCCUGGGGGCCAGGGUGGCCCUAAAGUCAGUCUUCUGCCGUCGUCCAAAGAGAGGCUGAGGAGGAGGCUAAAAGACAAGGAGGAGGCGAUCGUGGCCCCAGCGGGCCCCCAGCGGAGCCGCGUGGACCGCUUGCUGGAGAUCCUGAACGGCAUGAGGAGCAACAGUGCCGGGGUGGACGGCCAGCUCCGCUCCUUCAUGGAGGAGGCCCAGACCUCGGCCCAGUCGGAAGAGAGCUUGGCCCAGAUCGUCUCUACUAUCUAUGGCAAGGCCCUCAGCGACAGAAGCUUCGCCGCUACCGCUGCCAGACUCUGUGACAAGAUGGCACUGUUCAUGGUGGAGGGGACCAAGUUUAGAUCAUUACUACUCAAUAUGUUACAGAAGGACUUCUCUCGUCGGGAGGAGCUGCAGGCGUCUGACGUAGAGCUCUGGUUGGGGUUCAUCACCUUCCUGUGUGAGAUGUUUGGAACAAUGAGGUCCAGCGCCGGAGAGCCCUUCCGAGUCCUGGUCUGUCCCAUAUACACCUGUCUCAGAGAGCUGCUGGAGUCUCCAGAGGUGAAGGAGGACGCGGUCCUCUGUUACUCUAUGGAGCUGCAGUCCACUGGUCGUCUCCUGGAGGAGCAGCUUCCAGGGAUGAUGACAGAGCUCCUGGCCGCCGCCAGGGACAAGAUGCUGUGUCCAGCCGAGUCCCAGCUAACUCGCUCCUUGCUCAUGGAGGUCAUCGAGCUGCACGCCAACCACUGGACCCCUCUAGAGGACCUCACCACACAGUACUACAACAGGACCAUCCAGAAGCUCACCACCGCCUAGCCCCCCAGACCCAGGACCUGUCCCACAGGUCAGACACAUGGAGGCCUGAGCUGGUUUGAUGGCUGAGAUGCAUGGGGUUGGACUAGACAUGGGACCGUACAGAGUCGCAGAACAUAAUUGGUUGGCCCCAUACUAGACUGCAAAUGCGUUUAGGUAUAAGGAGAUGGGACUGACGACACAUACAGACAGACCUGAAAUCCAUGCAAAAACAAGACCAACACUACACCACGCACACAGACAGAAGAGACUGGCCACUGGCCAUGCAGCCUGCAUACAUUCGACUGUGGGGGCGUGCCUGGUCACUGAGAUGGGUGGAGGACAAAGAGACGGCAUGAUGUGGGGGGGGGGGUUGGAACAGCAGCCGCCUGUCCUUGGUGAACAGUCUCUCCUCAGAGGUUAAAAAGAGAAAAAGCAGGGGGGUCCAGGGAGAUCUCUUUCUCUUUUGUGUUCAUGUGCCAACCACCCUUCCUCCUUUCUCCGUCUUUCUCCUUUAUCUAUCUCCCCUCCUCCUCCUCUCUGUUCCAGGCCCUUCCACCCCAGGGCCUAUGUGGCUGACUGGGGGAGAUGAGAGAGGAGGCAGGCAAGCCUCCGUCUGGGUUGUCCCCUCCCCAGACCUCCCUCCACUGGGCCAGGUCAAAUGGGCAGACUGCAGGGCUAGGUUCCAGUAAGGCCUGCCUUUGUCCCCCCCCCCCACUCCCCAGAGGCGCUUUGUGUGGCUGAGACACUGGCUGGCGCACUCUGGAUUGCUGGCUGGGUAGCAGAUGGCUUCUGGCGCCUCAGUGGGCUGGCUGCAGACACCCUCCCAGUCCCAUCUACACUCCAGCCAAGGCCAACCCAUCCUCCAACCCAGGCUAACCCUAACCCAGCCAGGCCGCUGACUGAAGGGGGCAGUGGGUUUGUCCUGGGGGCCAGUGGGGCUGCCGUGGGGGGCUAGGGAUUAGGGAUUGGGGACAGGGGGGCCUUUUUCUAGGGACCGCUGCUUUAGUGGGGCUUUUGUUGUCAUUGUCAUUUUCAGAGGGGUUUAAUUUUCUCUGUCCACGCUUUUGUUACCUUUGUUAUUAAUUAUAUGAUAUUAUUGUUACUAUUAUUGUUGUAUUAUUUCUUUUAAAUCAUGUACUGUAAAUAUGUAUGAUAAUGGAAUAUUUUAGUGUAGAUGUAUUGCACAGGUUUGAUUUGUUUUGCACCGUUUUAAGGUGAUUACUUGUUUUAAAAGUCAAAAAGAUAAAAGAAGAAAAUACUUUUUGGCGGUGGUAUGGAUCAAUACUAGCAUUACAAAGACUCUAUAGGUUUGAGGGGUUGGUUGACUAGAAAGGGGAAGGUUUAGCCAGAAGGAAGAAUCAAAGAAAUUAUGGAUUUGAAGAAGUCAGUCAGACUAGUGGCCUUGUGAACUAUAACUACAUUUCUAGAGUUGUGUCCUUGCUGUUUUUGAAAGACGAGGCCAAGAGAGGUGGAGAGUGCUUGCCGAGUGACCGAAUUAAGUGAGGUGAUUUUUUUUUUAAAUUCCCUGCAACAACAACAACAAAAAACGAGCCCGAUACAAAUCGCUUCUUCAAAUGUUCUCCUGUUCAAGCAGCCAUUUUGCAGUGUUGGACAUUUUGCCACUCUUUAUCUGUGUGAUGAUGAAGUAUUUGCUUUUGAGAGAGAGGAAAAAAUCUGUUUCAUUUUACAGAUGAUAAAAAAAGAUGUGUAUUUGACAAUGUAGUUAGCUAGUAUGUGAUUCGCAUUACUCUGGCUUCUGCAAAUGUGCGUACAACAAUAUUGACAUUAUCAACAUCAUUAUGUAAUCCAAUUAAAUGUAAUCGUAUAUACAGAAUAUACCCGUAUUUAAGACAACGAAGCAAGCUCUAGGAGGGCAUGGGACAAAGAGAGACAAAGGCUACGUCCCAUUUAUCAAUCCAAAGUGUGCACUUGUUCACUUCCCUUUCCUGAUUUGAAAGGAAUGACUGGUAUGAUGAUUAGCUAUAGGGUUGUGGUUGUGUGGAUAGGAAGUGGCCUUUCCAUGUGUUCUUACUAUGGCCUCAGCUCGCGUUGAAGGAACUGCUCUUUCUGGGGCAGUCAGUCCUAGUACUACUAGUGUUACUUGCUUCUGAUUUCCUAUUGAAUUGAAUCUCUGGGUUUUUUCUUUUUUUUUUUGCUUCAAGAAUUCAAAUCUUUUAAGGUAGGCACACAUCCAAAACAAUAGGGUAUUUGAAAACAAUUUGGAGAUACGGAUAAUUGCCAAAAUAAAGGAAACACCAACAAUAGCGCUACCGUGAGCCAGAACAGCUUCGGUUUGGUUUGAGAUCUGGUGACGGAGACGGCCACGGCGUCCGGUUUACAUUGGUUUGACGAGCAUGACGCAUUCAGUGACCGGUCGUGUCCUGUGGAUGGGGGCAUUGUCGUCCUAUGGGGGCAUAGCCGUGGUAGCCCAAAUAAUGGCCUGCGCAGCAUUUUUAUACAUGACCCUAAGCAUGAUGGGAUGUUAAUCAACUCAGGAACCACACCUGUGUGGAAAAACCUGCUUUCAAUAAACAUUAUCUCAUUUACUCAAGGGUUUCCAUUAUUUUGGCAAUUACCUGUAUAUACAAACCCAUCUGUCUAGGUAUGCACCUGCCUAUAAGGUGUAUUUCAUUUCAGUUUGAUCAAAUACAAUGGGUUUUGAUUUUCAGUGACUCAAAUUGUGAUUCCGAUGAUCACUAGCCUGGUAAGUGUGGUAUAAGGUGAGAUUGUAUAUAAUGCUAUUGGGCGAUUCCAUAUGCAAAGGAGCGACUCGCCUCGUCUGUGACACUGGGCCUCCCGGCGCCCUCUGACCUUAGACCUUUAGGUCACAUGACUCGCCCUGCUAUUAAAUGCGACGCACCCUCCAUUUGCAUCUCAUUGACAUUGGGAGGUAUAUGGUAUAGCAUCAUCACGGCGUUGUAAACCCCAGCGAGGCGAGACUACCAGACAGAUGGUGCACAGAUAAUGAGCUGUGGAAGUUGUGGGUCAUCAAUUUAAUUUUUUAUUAAGCAAUUUUUUAUAAAAUUGACUAACUGAAGAGGUGUAAAAAAUGUGGGUGUUGUACUAUGGUUUUUCGCUGCCUGAAAUAUUAGGCGCCCGUAUUGACGCAACCGCUAAACGUUCUCACUGUCUGGACAAUUUUAUUUCCCCAUAUCCUGAGAACGUCUCCCCCUUCACGCCACCGUUCAGCCGCUAAAGCCUCUUUAUUCCGAGAGAAACCACCUCGUAUGUCUGGGGGAGAUGUCUUGUCUUGUGUUGCACUGCUUUGACUCGGAACACAAUCUUCUUCAGAGUAAGUAAGGACGUAAUACCUGAGAAGAGCUCUGUUUCCUCUCGAUAUAUGCUCUGUCGCAUGUCGCUAUGCUCCCAAUGAGCUCUCAUUCUUCAGACACAGAAUAUUUGUAACAAUAUUUAACUAGGCAAGUUAAGAGCAAAUUCUUAUUUACAGCGACGGCCUGCUGGGGAACAGUGGGUUAACCGCCCUGUUCGGGUGCAGAACGACAGAUUUUGACCUUGUCAGCUCGGGGAUUCGAUCCAGCAACUUUUCGGUUACUGGCCCAACGCUCUAAACACUAGGCUACAUGCCGCCCCAGUACACACUUGGACUCUCCUAUAUGAAUCAUACUACAUACUAAUGUCAUCUCUGUUAAAAGGUUUUGCGUACUUUAAAAAUGGAGUAUUACCUAUAGCCAUUAUACUAUAUUCUGUGUGUCUGACUAGUUGUAUGACUGGGUGUCCUUGGCCCAUUGCGUUGCCUUUGUUAGGCCCUGACCCAAGCCCGUGGCUAGCCUGCGGCGUCUACCCCCAGGAGGGCUCACUGAGCCUGGGUUCACUCCCCCAGGGGCCUGGGUCUCUGAGCUCGCCCCUGGAACACAGGCAGGUUGUCCUUCAGCGUCCGUCCACAUCAAUCACUGUCUGGGGAGGUGAGGGAGGAGAGGAAAGGGUGGUGAGACGAGGGUAGUCUACUUCUGAUAUAGGGGAAGGGGAAUCAAACAUACUGGGAACGUUAAGGGGCAUGUGAAAUGUUACUGCUCGUGUCUCCUCCAUUUUCGAAUGAUUUCUGGUAAAUAUGCAUUAAAGAUUUGUAUAGCUA